CCCUGGGCCGGACCUCCCUCACCGGAAAACUUCCAAGAAUUCCAACAAAAAUGGCGUCAUCCGCCGCCGCCGCCGCCGCCGAGGUGCUAAUCUCGCCGGAAAAUAAGGGAAACGAAAGGCCAAAGGAACCGUGGAACGGAGAGCUGGCAAAAAGCAUCGUUUAUGGCGGUCUGGACGCCAUUGUUACUUGUUUCUCUCUCAUUGCUUCAAUCUCCGCUAGCCGCCACUCCGCUGUGGAUGUGCUGGUGCUUGGAUUUGCGAACUUAAUAGCGGAUGGAAUAUCGAUGGGGUUUGGGGAUUUCGUGUCCACCGCCACCGGCAGGGACGUCGCCGCCGAGCGGAGGGCGGCGGCGGAGUGGGACGUCGACAACCGCCGUGCCCAGCAGCAGCAGCUCCUCCUCCGCCACUAUCAGACCCUCGGCAUGGACUUUAACGAUGCCUCUACAGUGGUGAACAUAAUAGCGAAGUACAAACACAUCCUGGUGGAGGAGAAGAUGGCGGCGGAGAAUGGCAUGGCGGCGCCACCGGAGGAGAGCAAAGAGCGGCCGUGGAAGAACGGCAUUGUGACAUUCGGAUCCUUCCUUGCGUUCGGCUGCGUCCCGCUACUCUCCUUCAUCGUCCUCAUCCCGUUCACCGAUAACGAGUCCAUCAAGUUCGGCGGAGCUUGCCUCCUGGCUGCGCUUGCUCUCGUGCUUCUCGGGAUUGCAAGAGCGAAGAUUGCAGCCGGGAACUAUGGCUUCUCCGUAGCCGUAACGGUGCUGAACGGCGCCGUUGCCGCGGGGGCGGCAUAUGCUCUCGGCUGGGUUUUGAGGAAUGUGGCCGGUGUUGAAGACGAGACGUAGGCUGUGCCAUAGGUUUUGUACGUAUGGAUAUAUAUAUAUAACUUCACAAUGCAUGUGGGGAAAUAUUUUGGCUCUUUGAGUUUCCUUUUUGCAGAUAUAAAAAAUGGCUUAAAACUUGUUAAAUAUUUGAUUUAUUAGUAGUUCUAAUGGUUGGAUAAUGUAGUGUCAA